ACGUGGACGGCACAGCGCUCUAACCCCUUCCCUCCGCCCGAACCCCAGGCCCCAAUCCUCUUUUCCUCAGCAGCAAGCGAUGUCGUUGAGACAACUCCGGAGAAGGAGCACCGCCCUCCUCCGCGACGGCGGCCUCCUCCAGGCGCUGCGCGCCGAGCUCAGCCACGAGCUCUCCUCCUCCUCUCCUCAGUCCCAGGGCCAUCAAGUUGGGAGCUCGGUCAUGGGUUUCAAGUUGGAGUGGGACGACCCCCGCGCCCAGGACGUGGUCCUUCGACGGCACGGCGAUGCCGAAGGCGAGGAAAUUGCGGUGUCGGCGAUGCUUGGCCCUUUGCGGUUCGAUGGAGAGCACGCGCUGCCAAGGAAUGCUCGGAUGAAGGUUUGCAUCAAGAAGAUUGGACUUGAGCCCGUCUUGCAUUUUGAUUGUAGCAUCUUUCGUCGACAAGCUGAGGAGUUGGUGGAUGGUUUUGGGUAUGGUAGUUCCGAUUUUGCUGUCAAGGGGGCUUAUUAUCAUCCGUCAGUUGGUUCUUUGGGAGUUUACAAGUAUAGAGGACCCAGAUUCAGUUCCCUGGACCCUCAGUUACAGAGCGGACUUAAAGAAUAUCUCGUAACCAGGGGGAUUGGCAUAGAACUGACCAGCUUUCUCAUUGAACAUUUGCACAGAAAGGAACACAACCAGUACGUGAAUUGGUUACGUACUUUGGAAGGUGCAUAUGCUAAGGAUGCAUGACAUAAGACCUUUAUCGAAAAGGAAACAUAGCCAACCUUACAGGAGAUACUACCUUACAAUUAUACCAUCUGAUGAGAAACUUGCAGUCGAAUUGGGCCUGGGUGUUUUACUGUAUUCUGGGAAGAGAAAUCAUUAGUCAUGCAUUUCCAUUGUCAUUGACUCAUUUUUUGUAGUAAGGAACUCUGGUAGAAUUCUAGAGGUUAUGUCGGAGAUUUUUACGUAAUCAGAGAGGGCGAGGGAGGGAGAGAAGUCGGUGAUCCGGCAACGGCUGGCUACUGGAUAACGAUUUCAAGACCAUUUGUGGGUCCCACUUAGUUCAAUGUCGAUUUGGAUUUCAGCAGACCAUUGGGCCGACGAUUGGUAAUCUCAUAAGUCUCCAGCGCUGUCAACUUUUAAUUGUGGCAUGCUCCAUGCAUGAGAUGGUUUUAUAUGGUCUGUAUUCUAAGAAAUAUUUUUCUUAAUUUGGAAUGUUUCAUCUGAUUUUCGCUUUUGGCA